AAGCUAAGCAGAGGCAUCACUAAAAUUCUCUGUAAAUUUCCAUAACUUUCCAAACUUUCUUGUGCUCUGAAAGAAGCGCAAAGGAAAGGGACGAGUUUAUUGGCAAUAAACAGGGGAUGCUCGUUGAAAUUUUGUAUGAAUUUAUGUGAUAUAAGUAGUGAAAUUUUAGCAACGGAUCCUGAAAAAUGUCGUCGCCGGAUAGCACGGUCAUUUUUGCUAAACUAGAAGCACUCAAGGAUAUUAGGUCAAAAACACUGCAACUUGAAAAAAUGAAGCAAAGAAUCAUUCAAGAGGUGGAGCAGACAGAACAGGAGGAAAAGUGCUUGACAGAAUAUAAGCAGGAAAUGGAGCUCUUAAUGCAAGAAAAGAUGGCACACGUCGAAGAACUCCGACAAAUUCAUGCCGACAUCAACGCGAUGGAAACAGUUAUAAAGCAAGCUGAAGAUGCUCGCAACAGAGCUAGAGAAACAGCAAAAUUAAUCCAUAACAAUGACUACCAACCGCUAAAGCACGACAUCGAUAGAAUGCGUAGAGAAUACUUGGGACUUGAGAGACUACCAGAGCUCUAUGAAACGGAAUCAGAUCUUAUUUCACCUGAACGGUUUGCUCGUAGCUAUUUUGACCGCCCCCUGCAAAAGGCAGAGUGGCGAGUUGAGGUGAGGGGUGAUGAUUUGAUGCCUCCGUUGAGCUUACACCCCCAUCCCAGCCACCAAGGAGGUCCAACUCCGUUUUUAGCUCCACAACCACUGCAGGGUCCUAGUAAACCAGAGCCUAGGCCUUUGCCUCCAGCCCCUGGGCCCCCAGCUCCAACAUUCAGGUACCACUGGCAACAACCUCCACCAAUGAAAUCGUGUCUGUCCUGUCAUCAACAAAUUCAUCGAAAUGCACCGAUUUGUCCUUUAUGUAAAGCUAAAUCACGUUCACGUAAUCCUAAGAAGCCUAAGAAAAAAGACUAACGUGUAGGUUGAGUUCAUCAUUAGCUUUUGAUCCUACAGCCUGCAAGCAUCAUUUCGAGGAAAUAUAAUCACUUCAUAAUAGUUAUUUUCGUCGCAAGUGCGCAUAAAAUAGGUAUUUCUUCUUUUAUUUCUAAACUCACACAAGUCAAGAAAUCCUUGUAUGCGCCCAUGCAACGGGUUCUACCUUCUGUGCUACCCUUGUCAAAAACUACAAAGUAGUCGAAUUGUCGACUGAGGUAGCACAGAAUAAAAUUUCAAAAAUAAAUUUUUCUUUAAAUCGCUGAUCCAGUUUCGAACCUGUGUUUUAAAUAACCGAGCUUAUGAAUAUAACUACAGUAUUUUAAUUUACUAUGAACUUCAUUAUUUGGUCGAAUUCACAUUUACACAAAUGUAAGGUGAGUCAGUCAAACUCCAGGAAUCUGUGGAGCUUAGUUGAUCAAUGGAUGCUGUAGAGACAGACCACA